AUGACUCAAUCUGGAGGCAAUACAAUUGCCGAAAUUUACAAAGGAGUGAUCCAAGAUGUCAUCAGUCAAGUGAAAGAGGCAUUUCUUGAUGAAAACGUGGAUAUCGAUGUGCUUUCACAACUCAAAAAGGAAUGGGAAGACAAGGUGAUAGCAAGCGGAUGUGUGGAUAUGGAACCUCGUCAUACUACCCACCAGGUAGCGCCUCCACCAAUGCGUGGACACGUGUUGCCUCCUCGAAUGGGUACAGUCACACAAGUACGUCUUCAGACGGCACCACAGAUGGUAUCGCAGUCGCAUUCUGGUAUGAUAAACCACCUGGAACAUGGUAGACCUAUGCAGAUGCAGUAUGUGCCACAACAAGGUAUGCAGCAGAUUCAGGUUCAGCAAGUGCAACAGGGAGCCAUGCCCGCAAAUGUAGCAUUUGCUCCUCAAGGAAGCGUUCGAAUGGUUCAGACCAUUCAACCACAACCUGGUCAGCAGUACGUUAUUGCACAAAGUGGCCAACAACUUGCACCGGGUGUCAUGUUUCUGCAACAAGCCAACGGGCAGUCAAUACCUGUGACGGUUAGUCCAAAUGGGGUGUUACAACCUCGCAUACAGCAGGCGCACGGUGCUCAUCCAUUACAUCAGUUGGACGGUAACGGAGGCCUAGUUGAAGAUGCCAGCUCGGAUCUUUUGGAUGCACCAUGCUCAUCUAAGUCUACGCAGAAAGGAUAUAAGUGCACGUCCAGAAAAAAGAGCGAUAAAGAUGCCUUGAAGAAAGCACUCGAUCUUCUAAAGGCUCUGCAGAUGGAUGGUGGUGGUGGCGGCGGAAUGUCGGAUUCUUCUAGUGAAGAAGAAGAGGUGGAUGAAGACGAUGAUCCUAUCCGUCGCAUCGCUGACAGAAUUGGUGACGGUCAGAUCGAAGACGGUGAACAAGCGAUUGUUGAAGAGGAUCCACUGAAUUCUGGUGAUGACCAGAGUGACGAUGAAGAUCUGGAAACAUUGUUUGAUGCCGACAACGUAAUUAUGUGUCAAUUUGAAAAGGUUCAUCGUGCUCGCAGCAAAUGGAAAUUCCAACUUAAAGACGGCAUAAUGCACAUCGACAACAAGGACUAUUGUUUCCAAAAGUGCAGUGGUGAAGCGGAAUGGUGA